CCUGAUAACGCAGUCACAUCCCCCACAUUACAUAGAGACCCGCGCUGUCUGAUCCUGUCCUGUUUUGACAUGGUUUGGUCCUGUAACCCCUUGUUUGCCGGUGUGAUGUACGCGAGUUGGUCCUGUAACCCUUUGUUUGCUGGUGUGAUGUACGCUGGUUGGUCCUGUAACCCUUUGUGUGCUGGGCUGCGCUCACUCCGCUCUCGUCUUGUCUUCCUGCUGCUUUUAGCACCUGUUUUUGUUUCCAUGGCGUCUCGCGAGGAGCUCACAGUCCAUGAAGAUGAAGUCAGGUCUCGUUACGGACGCCUAGAAAAGAUGUCUGAUUUAGUCGCCGUCUGGGAGAUCGCUUUGAGCGACGGGAUCCACAAGAUCGAAUUUGAGCACGGAACCACGUCGGGAAAAAGAGUGGUGCACGUGGAUGGGAAGGAAAUUAUUCGCAAAGACUGGAUGUUUAAACUCGUGGGAAAAGAAACCUUCCCGGUGGGAGCCUCGCAGACGAAGGCCACGAUUAACAUCGAUGCCGUCAGUGGCUUCGCCUACGAGUACACGCUGGAAGUCAACGGCAAGAGCCUGAAAAAGUACAUGGAGAACCGUUCCAAGACCACCAACACGUGGAUUUUGCACGUGGACGGCGAGGACUGCAGGGUGGUGCUAGAGAAGGACACGAUGGACGUUUGGUGCAACGGCAAGAAGAUGGAGACGGCGGGGGAGUUUGUGGAGGACGGCACGGAAACGCAUUUCACGAUCGGAGAGCACGAUUGUUACAUCAAAGCCGUGAGCAGCGGGAAGCGCAGGGAGGGCAUCAUCCACACGCUGAUCGUCGACGAGCGAGAAGUCCCCGAGAGCGUGGAGUAAGAGUGCUGUCCGUGCGCACAGAGCGGGGGCCGCGGUAGAACUGUUUAACCUCUUCCCUGCCAUUAGUGAAGUCCCCCCUCCCAGCACAUACUGUAGUGUGUGGCGGCGCUCCGCGUGGCGCCCGGCGAAGAGGUUCUAACGUCAGCUUAGCGGAUGUUCGUAUCUAGAGCAGCCUGGAGUCUUUUGUGUGAUAAAGUUAUAGAAACAGACAGGACGGGGAGGGAGGGAAGCCUCGGCCAUCGGGGCCACAGGAAGUGAUGGCUGGAGGGAAGGACAUUACAUCUGCACAUGCCUGGAACGGGCUGCACACUUCCUGGUUGAACAGGAAGUGAGGCGGUGAAGGGGAACAAGCCUAUAGCUGCACACCUGUGUAAAAGCCUCUUCAAGGAAACAUUUACUGUCCGAUUUAUACAGAACUUUAUUUAAAAAAUGUGUUUUAUUUCAAAUUAUAUUUUUUCAUUAUUUUAACAAAAUAGAAACGUUAUUUAUUAUAAACCCUAAACCCUGAAUUUCCUGCGUCUGGCCCGAUAUCCGAGUACCCCUGUGUGCCCUUCCUUCCCUCUCUUUUAUCUAUACAUUAUACAGGGGGCGGUCACUGAUUUAUCUAUACAUUAUACAGGGGGCCGGUCACUGAUUUAUCUAUACAUUAUA